GCGCUAGUUAACAAAACUGAGAGAGAUAUCGUUCCGCUGGCGGUUGCUGGGGCUUCGCUUCGCUUAAAUAGGAAUAGGUAUUGUGGGUUAUCGCUAUCGGUUGCCUUGCCUUGAAAACCGCCGCUAUAACCGAGACCCGCUCGACACUCAUUCAAGUUAAACGUACCGUGCAAUACACAUAGCCGCUAAAUACUACUGUAUUGUCGUUAUUUAUUUAGUUCGGCAUACAUAACUAUAUAGACAUAUAAUUAGUGUACAUAGGUAGGACAUUUCCGCACUUUUCGAUCACGUGGCAAGCACGCCGUUUGUUCAUUUCGUAAAUACAACCAACUACAUAGUAGUAAAGUAAUAAUAAAAACGUUCGCCAAUUUCUCAGCCGAACCAAUCUGAAAAUGUCCGUCCGUGCAACAAACGCUCGAAACUCUCUGCAACAGUCAACGACAACGAGUUAAUAUUUUCGGUCAAUAAGUUAAAACGCCGGUCGGCCGAUCCAAUCGUAUUUGCGCGGGAUUUUUCUUUUAUAUAAGUACGUUUCGGCCUCCUGUGGAUACUACAUAUAUAUUUUAGUAGUCGACCGACGCCGACCGUAAGACACGUGUGCGUGUGUGUUUGUGGUAACCUCAAAAAAUUUAUUUCGGAGCUGUCGUCGGAACGAUCAAUGAACGGCAACACAAACCACGUUGUUGAACCAGCAGAGGGACGAAGUACACGAAACGGUUACAUUGCCGUUUUUCAACCAGGCAUCGACGAUCAGCCGAAUACUGAGAAGAGGAAGGAACUCCAGCCGCACAUCAGAUGGAGAGUUUAUAUGGGAGACGGAUUUGCAGGGCUACAUACUGAGUUCCUUCUUUUAUGGUUACGUAAUAACGCAAAUACCAUUCGGUAUAUUGUCAAAAAAAUACGGGGCGCUCUACUUCCUCGGCGUCGGCAUGCUGAUUAAUUCUGUCUUUGGUCUACUGGUCCCGAUAUCGUCACAAUGGGGCGUCUGGUGGCUGAUCGUCAUCAGGUUCAUACAAGGCCUGGGAGAGGGCCCUAUUGUCCCAUGCACGCAUGCAAUGCUGGCUAAAUGGAUUCCUCCUAACGAGCGAAGUCGCAUGGGCGCAUUCGUAUACGCAGGAGCACAAUUUGGAACUGUUAUUUCGAUGCCCCUAAGCGGUUUAUUAUCAGCAUCCACCGCAGGAUGGCCGUCAAUUUUUUACGUUUUCGGUGCAAUUGGUACCGUAUGGUCAAUAGCUUUUCUAAUUUUCGUUCACGAGGACCCUGCAUCACACCCCAGGAUUGACCCGGAGGAGAAAAAAUACAUUGAAAAAGUUAUUUGGGGCUCCAGUAAUACUUAUACUCCACCAGUUCCAUGGAAGUCUAUUGUUACAUCUCUUCCAUUCUGGGCCAUACUUAUUGCGCACAUGGGUCAUAAUUAUGGAUAUGAAACAUUAAUGACCGAACUUCCAACAUACAUGAAACAAGUUCUACAUUUCAACAUUAAAGAUAAUGGAUUUUUGUCUGCGUUACCUUACUUGGCCAUGUGGUUCUUUUCUAUGGGCAUAAGCCACGUAGCAGAUUGGAUGCUUACUAAAAAGUAUUUCACACACACGUCAGUUAGAAAAAUUAUCAAUGGAAUUGGUCAAUAUGGCCCCGCAGUGGCACUCUUUGCUGCCGCCUUUACAGGCUGUGAUAGAUGGUUGACAGUCGCUUUGUUAACGGUUGGAGUGGGUCUCAAUGGUGGAAUUUAUUCAGGUUUCAAAGUCAAUCAUUUGGACAUCUCCCCGCGAUUCGCCGGUAUUCUGAUGUCUUUUACGAAUUGCUUGGCUAAUUUGGCCGGUUUGUUAGCUCCCAUAUAUGCAGGAAAUAUUAUCAAGGGGCAGCCUACUCAAGCCAAAUGGCGUAUAGUUUUUAUAACAGCUGCGGCUGUUUACGCCGGAUGCUGUACAUUCUACAGUAUAUUUGCAUCUGGUCAGAGGCAGCCUUGGGAUGACCCAGCAACCGAUGACCCGAAAAAAUCAAAAAGAGACCCAGAAUCGGCUGUUACCAGUGCCUAAUGACUCAAGUGAUAUUAGAUGAUCGUAUUUUACCUUAAUAAGUCGUAAUUUAUUUGUGUAAAUGUAGCUUUAUCAGCAAAAGUACGGACGUAACAUUAACUAGAUUAUAAGUGCCUUAUUUUUCCUUCAUUUUUUAUAAAUCAAGAUAUGUAUACAUUUUUUAGAACACGAUAAUAUACAGUAUGCGGAUGACAUAUGUAGGAACAUUUUGUAUCUGGCGAUACAAAUUUUUAACUUUUUGAUGACAUGUUACUUGGUUGUGUGAAAAAAAAUAAUAAUAUAUCAAAAUAAAUCAACUUUUAUGAGUACUUUUUUGUAGUUGCGCACUAUUUUGUAGUUAUCGUAUCUAUUUUUUUACAAAUGUAAGUUUCUGAAAGCCGAGAAUAGGUUGUGUGUGGUUACUAAAUUGAAAUUUGUACAGGUUGUGCUGAUAAUUAUUUUGUUUUUAUAAUAGUAAAUUAUGGCAACUGUUUAAAUAUACAAAUUUCAGUCAUU